AUGGCCGUUGCAGAAAACGAAAACACUCCUCAACUUGCCGCCUCAGAGGUUGAGAAUGAGCGUCUUCAGAUAAAUCAUCAUGUAACCAAGUUAGCUAUGGGCGGUAGUAUCUUGCUCGCGCCUUUCGAUGUUACUCGGCCCAACCUCAAGAUACUUGAUUCGGGCACUUCUGAUGGCUACUGGCUUACUGAGUUUCGAAAGACACUUACACGAGCUGAGACCUGCACGAUGAUAGGGUUCGACAUCGCCGACGAACGAUUUCCGGAUCCACCACCCGAGGGGAUAGAGCUUCGAGUACAAGACGUUAUGGGGCCAUUCCCAGAUUCAUGGCAUGGCACAUUCGAUGUGGUGCAUCAGCGUUUUGUCUUGGCCGCUACGGCGACUAAGGGACGCGAAGCGGUAUUAGGACUCUGUAAUCUGGUCAAGCCUGGCGGAUGGAUUCAACUCGUCGAGAUGCAGAGCAGGGUUGGCGAAGACGAUGGUCCUGCUGUGCACCAGUUCGUCGAGCUGAUAAACGAGCUGCACAUAAAGAUUGGAGCUCCCCGGAACUUGGCAGACGUGGCAGUUUUGGAAGGGCAUAUUAUGGCCGCUGGCUUCCAACGCGUGGGAACGAUGCAGGCUCCAGGAACUCUUGGCGCCAAAGUGCCUGAUCCGAAUAUUCGAGCAACAGCAAUUAAGUCCACGUUGGAAUCAGCUGCUAGUCUGCUUGGGGCAAACAUAGGUAUGGAUUUUUUCAUUCAUCUACUGGCUGUUGUCUGA